AUGCAGAACUUCAUCUGGGCUCUGCUAGGCCUGGCCAUGGUGCCUCAAGCCCUGGCAAGCGACGUCCUAUCUACGGACGGAUUCGACCUAUGCAUGACCGAUUCGGCAAUCAACGUCCAAAAGAUGGAUGUUACCUACACUCGUUCUACUGGAGUAGUUGUCUUCGACUUGGCUGGUACCAACGCGAUGGAACAGAAUGUGUCGGCGACUAUCACCGUCACUGCCUAUGGCAGCCAACUCUACAGUAAAGAAUUUGAUCCCUGCGGCGAUGACAUUCAUGUCGCGGAACUCUGCCCCGUCCCCAAGGGUUCUUUCAAGGCCACUGGGUCCAUGGACGUCCCGUCCGCAUAUGCCAGUCAAAUCCCUGGUAUCGCAUUCACCAUGCCCGACUUGGAUGGUCAGGCCAAGCUUGUCCUGAAAUCCAAGCAAAGCCAGAGCAACCUGGCGUGCAUUCAGUCGGAACUGACUAACGGCCACACCACCAACGUCGCUGCGGUCAAAUACGUCUCGGCAGGCAUUGCGGCAGGCGCUCUGGCACUGAGCGGUGUCUCUGCCAUCGGCUCGGCGGGAACUGUUGGAUCACCGUCCUCCAGCCCUGGAUUUGGCGAUGUAAUGGGCUGGUUCCAUUCCAUGGCCACCAACGGCAUGCUUAGUGUCGCCUACCCCUCCGUCUAUCGCAGCUUCUCCUCCAACUUCAUGUGGAGUACUGGUAUGAUCCCUUGGCCUGGUCUGAUGAAGUCCAUCGACCAAUUUCGGGCGGCCACAGGUGGUAACUUGACCGAUGAAAGCUAUGAGUUCUUGUUGAAUUCCUCCACGACGCAAAGUAGCUCAUCCUCCACCAACACAACGAAACGGAGCUGGGAGUACACCAUCCAAUUCGGCGAGAUGGUUGCUCGCUCGGUUGACACUUCUACUGAUGCUAGUGUUUCGAACAGCUCAAGCACUGAAAGUACAUCUACCAGCAAAAUCACCGACCUGAAGCAAGUCGCUGAAGAACUGAUGGUCCCUUCUGCCGAUGUUUUCAUGACUAUCCUCGUGAUCUUCGCCAUCGUUAUCGCGGUGGUUGUCGUCGGUAUUCUUUUAAUGAAGGUCAUCCUGGAACUGUGGGCGCUGUAUGGAAACUUCCCUAACAAGCUGUCUGACUUCCGGAAGGAUUAUUGGGGCAUGAUGGCACGGACAAUCACCAACAUGAUCCUCGUGCUAUACAGUAUCUGGGUGCUAUACUGUGUCUACCAACUUCGAAAGGGUGACUCGUGGGCAGCAAAGCUGCUAGCAGCUAUAACCCUCUCUCUAUUCACGGCGCUUCUUCUCUUCUUUGCUAUUCGCAUUGUUUACAUGGCUCGCAAGUACAAGAAGGCCGAGGGAGAUACCUCCCGCCUGUACGAAGAUAAAGAAACCUGGAAAAAAUACAGUCUGUUCUACGAUAACUACAAGAAGGACUUCUGGUGGAUCUUCAUCCCCGUCAUUAUGUACGCAUUGGUCAAGGGCUGCAUCAUCGCAGGUGGCGAGGGCCACGGUCUGUUCCAAAGCGCCGGCCAGCUUGCCUGCGAAGUCCUUCUGUUGGGACUCUUGGUGUGGAGCCGCCCAUAUGCCACCAAGGCAUCACUGGGCAUCAACAUCGCCGUUCAGGUCAUCCGUGUUCUGUCCAUUGCUUGCGUUCUGGUCUUCGUUGAAGAGCUCGGCAUGUCUCAAACAACAAAGACCGUCACCGGCAUUGUCCUCAUUGUCGUACAGUCUACUCUCACUGCUGUCCUCGCUAUCCUCAUUGCAGUCAACGCCUUCAUCAGCUGCUACCGUGAGAACCCACAUGCUAAGCGGAGAAGAGAAGCUGAAAAAGCAAACCGCGACAUUGACGACCUCACUCCCCUAGACGCCCGGGACUCGCUCCUCAUGGAACACCCACAGCGCAAGCAAUACGCCGAGAUGAGCAACUUCAACUUCACCGGCCCCUACCAGACCUACAGAGACGAGCCCAAGCGGGCCGGAUCACCUGGUAACACCGAACGCGACCGCCUAGUCAAUAACGACUACGGCGUGGCGCACGCGCGCAGCUCAAGCCCCGACAGCCGCCACUCGCGAAGCUCUCUCGAAGGCCGUCGUCCUGCAGCCCCGGGCUACGGGAUGGCAUAUUAA